AUAAAAGUAAUAUGUUAUUACCAUUCCUUUUGAAAGAAAUUUCAGUUAGUUUUGCAUUAUUAAUAUCACAAACGCACUUUCUUUAAAUUGUCGCGGUUUAAAUUUUGAAUCAUCUCCUUUAUCGAUAGCAAUUCGAUAAGUAACAUAUGUUCUUCAAUUUACAGCACAGGGUAUGUAGAGUACUUGGAUAAAAUGUUGAGAUGUUAGUAGCAUAGGGUGUUUACAGUACUUGAAAUCUGCAUAAAAUGCUGAGAUGUAAAUAAACAAUCUUAAGAAUAGUUGGCCAUUGUUAUCCAUUAAACAUCUUGGAAAACAAAAAUUCCAUGGACAAGUGCGCAUUCCUUCAGAUUCAUUUGCAAGACCAUUUAAAGGAUUCCGAGGGAGCCCAAAUAUACCGACAUCACUUACAAAACAAUGGAGGACAUGUGCCGAGUUUGCCUGGGGAACCACGAAAACAUGGUCAGCAUAUUCGAAGGGACGCAAGAAUUUGGAGUCCCUAUUUCGGAUAUGAUCGCUCAGUGGUCCGGCUACCAAGUUGAGAAAGGCGACUCACUUCCCGAAACUAUAUGCCCCGCUUGCUUGGAGGAUGCGCAAAAUGCAUUUGAGAUUAAAGAGACUGAACACAAAUUCCUAUGUCAAGUGAUGAAAGUGGAGACUUCACCGGUCGAAGAGUUCUGCCAAAUAUCAGAAUGUGGCAGUGAAAGAUCAAUAUGUUACCAAGACAAGGAAGAUAUAUUCAAGGACCGUGCAUCAAAAGAAGACAAGACCAACCAACCAAUUAGCGAACAAAUAGAAAUUGACUUGUCAGAGGAUGAAAUCUGUAAGAUUUCAGUAAGCGAAUCUAAUCAAACUGAUGUCAGCGAGGUAUCAGUUGGUCAAACUAACCUAUCCAAUCGUUAUAUUCAAGAGAAUGAAAUCAACGAUAUAUCAGUAAGUGACACUGAUGAAUCCGAUUGCUAUAUUGAAGAGGAUGUAGAUAUUUUGACAGGGAUAAUUGAUCAAUCGGAUUGCCAUACUCAAGGAACUGAAAAUAACGUUGAUUCCAAUGCCAAUAAUCAGAGUGACAAUAAUGAUAAGGAUCCUAGUAAUGAUAAACGCCCAUAUAGUUGUCCCCAUUGUCCAAAGACCUUCACAAGCAGAUGGACUUUAAAAGUGCAUCUUUGUAGACACAACGGUGAGCAACCUUACCAGUGUUCUCAUUGUCCGAAAUCUUUCGCGAGAAGUUGGGACCUUAAAAUUCACACCAGGUGGCACACAGGGGAACGGCCCUUUAAAUGUGACCACUGUCCGGCGGCUUAUAUAAGUGGAAGUAUUCUUAAUCGACACAUUUUAAAAUCUCACCCGGAGUCCUUUAAGAAGUAUGAAGCACCUCCUAUGAAAAAGCGAACGCAUAACUGCACAUACUGUUCGAAGACCUUUCCGAAACCAUCAGCAUUGAAGCAACAUUUGCGGACCCACACGAAGGAACGACCGUUCAAAUGUUCGCAUUGCCCCAAGGCUUUUACGGUGAAGUGCUCUCUGGAGGUGCACACCAGAACUCAUAGUGGCGAAAGGCCGUUCAAGUGUCACCUCUGCCCAACGUAUUUUAUGAGUAAUGCACAACUCAGUCAUCACCAGCGAAUACACAGGGAUGAACGGCCGUUUAAAUGUAACCAAUGCACAAAGUCUUUUAAGCAUGCCACUUCUCUUAAGGUGCACAUACGCACGCACACCGGCGAACGUCCGUAUAAAUGUGAUCAUUGCCCAAAAGCUUUCAAGGAUCUCUCGUCUCAAAGGGCGCACAUAAUGAUUCACACAAGGGAUCGUCCGACGAAGUCUUUUACACAGUCACCAGAUAUUAACCGAACUUCUCCCAAGGUCGACAAACUAAAGAAUCUUCCAUUUAAGUGCUUCCAUUGCCCAAAGAGUUAUGUACAAGAAUUCUAUCUGACGCGACACAUUCGGACUCACACGGGGGAAAGACCGUUUAAAUGUGAAUAUUGUUCGAAGUCUUUUAUGGCUAGUGAUCAUCUUAAGGUGCAUACCCGUAUUCACACAGGUGAAAGGCCGUUUAAGUGUCCCGACUGUCAAAAGUGUUACAAACAAUCAAUCGAACUUAAGCGACAUAUCCGAACUCACACGGGGGAAAGGCCCUAUAAAUGCGAUUAUUGUCCAAAGACUUUUGUGGAUUUAACCUCUAUCAAGGUGCACAUCCAUGCUCACACAGGGGAAAAGCCUUAUCAGUGUAACACCUGCCAAAAAUGUUUUAAGCAAAGAACCACUCUCAACCGGCACAUGCAGACUCACACGGACGAAAAGUCAUUCACGGACUAAGCCUAUCUAAAGGAACACAUUCAAACUCACACUGGCUAGAGAUCGUUCAAAUGCAAUCUUUCAUAUAAUUUGUAUUUUUGUAAUCAUGUAAGGCUAUGAUUAUUUGUCAUAUAAAAAUUGCAUCCUGUCAAAAAUUUAUGAUUAUAUAAUUUAUGAUUCAUAUGGAUAUUAUAUUCAAACGAGUGCUUUUUUCAAAUGUAA